AGUCUCUAACAUGAUUUGCCCACCUGCAAAUCUCCAUCUCUAGUCAUGGUGCUCUCCUCACGUCUUUAACAAGGUAAGCAAGCACCAACACUUUCUACUUCCAUCCAAAACGACCCCGUCUCCUCGCAGACUCAAUAACGAUCGUAUUCCCCUGUUUACGAAGAAAUGGCGGCCAAAAUCGGGUCAUUCCGGCACAGCUUCGCCGAGAGAAGCAAGGAGAGGCUGCUGUCGCGAAAAGGGUACUCCGAUUUCGGCCUCAACAGCUCAGAAUGCGGCGAGGAUCGCGUGAAAUGCGGCUGGUUUGGGAGGAUGUCCGAUGGGUUAGUCAACUUCUGCAACAGCGUUCAGGAGGUUUCGGUUAAGCUCUAUCAAAUGGGCCGCUCCGAUCCUCGGAAAGCUUACUUCGCCGCCAAGAUGGGGCUGUCUCUGGCGAUUGUUUCGCUGCUUAUAUUUUUCAAGGAGCCGCUCAAAGAUGCUAGCCAAUAUUCCAUCUGGGCGAUUCUUACUGUAGUCGUCGUUUUCGAAUUCAGUAUAGGUGCGACGUUGAACAAAGGGUUUAACCGUGCUCUGGGGACGAUAUCGGCCGGAGGGAUAGCUCUAGGCAUAGCUGAGUUGGCUGUAAGGGCUGGAAGUUGGCAGGAGGUUGUGAUUGUAGCCAAUAUUUUCAUAGCAGGUUUUCUUGCUAGCUAUAUCAAGCUUUAUCCGCCGAUGAAGAGUUAUGAAUAUGGAUUUCGGGUGUUCUUGUUGACAUACUGUAUAGUUUUGGUAUCCGGGAGUAAUUCGUCAUUUAUCGGAACAGCAAUUUAUCGAUUGCUACUCAUUGGAGUGGGUGCUGGUAUCUGUUUAGUUAUAAACAUAUGUAUAUUACCCAUCUGGGCAGGGGAGGAUCUCCACAAGCUGGUGGUGAAAAAUUUCAAGGGUGUUGCUACUUCAUUGGAAGGUGUUGUUAAUGGAUAUCUGCAAUGUGUUGAGUAUGAGAGAAUUCCUUCGAAAAUUCUCACAUACCAAGCUUCUGAUGAACCAUUGUAUAGUGGAUAUAGAACCACUAUACAAUCUUCAACCCAAGAGGAAACCCUGUUAGACUUUGCACUAUGGGAGCCACCGCAUGGCCCCUAUAAUUCAUUCAAUUAUCCUUGGAGAAAUUAUGUCAGAGUUGGUGGUUCUCUGAGGCACUGUGCUUUCAUGGUCAUGGCAAUGCAUGGAUGCAUUCUGUCAGAAAUACAGGCACCACCAGAGAAGAGACAGGUUUUUGCAAAUGAGCUCCUGAGGGUUGGUACCGAAGGUGCUAAAGUAUUACGUGAGCUAGGAAGCAAAGUAGAAAGGAUGGAAAAGUUAAGUCCCAAAGACAUACUUUUUGAUGUGCAUGAAGCAGCAGAAGACUUGCAGCAUAUGAUAGACCAGAAAUCGUACCUUCUUGUCAAUUAUGAAGGCUGGGGACCCAAAAUACUAGGGCGCAAAUGUGAAGAUCCUGACAAUUUUGUUGAUAAAGAGCAGGAUAAUAAGAACAACGUGAUUGAGUCCCUUAGUGAAUCCUGGGAUGGUCAAAAUGUUGGAACUGGUGGUGGUGGCGGCGAUCCUUCAAUGUCACAAUGGAUAUCUACAGAUAGUGUGUUAAAGAAAUCAUUAACAGCAUGGCCCUCACGCCUUACAUCGUUUACUGGAAAUCUUAUGCAACCUCAACCUGAACCAGAAGAAUCAAAAGUAUAUGAAAGCGCCAGCUCCUUAUCCUUAGCAACAUUUACAUCUCUUCUGAUUGAGUUUGUGGCAAGGCUUCAAAAUUUAGUGGAUGAAUUUGUAGAGCUUAGUGAGAAAGCAAACUUUAAGGAUCCUAUGGACUCAUCGGAGACCAAAGAGGUAGGCGGGUUCUGGACCAGAAUAUAUCGGCGCUUCCGGUCCAAGCCUGAAGAGUUAGCUUGAUAUUAUAAUUUUGAUUGGAUGUGCUCUUUGAUUCUUUUAACAGGACAUCCCUUUACGAUUGUAUGAAUAUAUGUUGUAGAAAGUCAGUGUGACUUUGUUCUGAACCCUAUAUUGUAUACCAUUUUGAGGAAAAACCAGGUGGGAAAAUCCCCAUUUGAAGUAGAAAUGCCCAG